AAAAGCGCCGUUGCUUUGGCAACGUUUGUAACGGUGAACAUCCUAUUAGCUGUUUAGCCUUCGCAAACUAUCAAACUCGAUGCCAAAAAUAAGCUCGGACACAUUAUGGGAGCUGGCUGCUGCGGAGGUACGGAGCUGGGAGAGCGGAGGCGCGGAGGGCGACGACAGAGACGAGGCUGUGAGCGAGCGGACCGUGUUUCUGAUGGGGAGCAAAGCUGGGGGCAAAACGUCCAUUCUCCUCAGGUGCCUGGACAGAGAUGAACUGUCCAAACCAACUCUGGCCCUGGAGUACACUUUUGGCAGACGGGCCCGAGGACACAACACACCCAAAGACAUAGCCCACCUAUGGGAGCUGGGAGGAGGGACCUCUUUAUCAGACCUGGUCCAGAUCCCUAUUACUCCUAUCAGCAUCAGGUCUCUCUCAGUCAUCCUUGUCCUGGACCUGUCUAAACCCAAUGCUCUGUGGGGAACAAUGGAGAAGCUGCUGCAGGCAGCACAGGCUCAGCUGGAGAGAGUCUCCUCCCAAGUACAGAAGUCCAAACCUGGAGUCAAACACCAGACUCCUGUUUGCUCAGCAGCACGCGUCUUACCUAAAGACUAUCCUGACAGAGAGUUGAUCAGCCCCUUUUUUGUUCCUCUGCUCAUCAUCGGCAGCAAAUAUGACAUCUUCCAGGAAUUUGACUCUGGCAAGAAGAAAGUUGUCAGUAAAACACUGCGUUUUAUUGCUCAUCACUACGCAGCCUCUCUCAUUUUCACCAGCAUCAAAUCGGAGAGCCUUAUGUCAAAAACCAAGAGCUUCUUCUUGCACCUGGCUUUCGGUUUGGAGAGAGGGAAAACUGUUUCCUCUGACCCCCUCAAGCCUCUCAUCAUUCCAGCAGGCUCCGACUCCUUCAGCCAAAUAGGCUCCCCUCCUGCUAUUGAUGUGGAUAUAACUUCUUUCCGUGCUAAAAACCCGAAGGACCUCUGGAAGAAAGUGUAUGAGCGUGUCUUCCCCCCUGAGAGUACGAGUGAGCAGAGGGACCUCAAGGAUCCAGCCAAAGAUCCCCAGUACAGUGAACCUCAGAUUGAUGCCAUGAGAGCCCAGAAAGACCAGGAGUUGGAGCAGUACAAGAGGAAUGCAGGGAAAUCAUGGAAAGGACUAGACCUGGAGACAUGAGAUAUAAUCAACUUUAUUACACAUAAUGCACAUAGAGUAUGCAUUUGUUUACUUUUUUAUUAUAUAUUUUUUGGACUACUCUGUAAUUAAAUAAAUAAAUGGUACAGUUUAUAAUUAACUUUACAGACCGAAGGAAACUUCGGUUUUAGCUUUAUAAUAAAAUGUGUUCUUGUAGAAAAAUAAACAGAUUUGUUAUU